CCUAACGGUCGUUUUAGUGUAUUCAAUAUUUCUAUCAGUUCAACCGACUAUACAUACCUCGUUACCUCCCCAUUUCGGCCGAGCAAUUAGUAGGGUUUUCACUUCAGGGCUUUGUUUGAAACUGAAGUAAGGAAAAGAAAUGGCGAAAACAGAUGGGGUUUUAAGGGUUAACGAGAUAAAGUCGUCAUCUUUUUUAGAAAUUGAAGACGAGUCCCCUAUCAGAUCAAUUUUAUGUUUGAAGAAGAAUGUUUCCAUGGAGGAGUUUGAUCAAGUGGAGGACUGCUUCAUCUUGGAUUUUGAUCCAUUUGAACCCUCUGAACUAUCUGAGAAACUCUCCCUCAAGGACGACAAUUCUAAAGAGCUCUCUGUCAUAUUUCAACGAGGCAAGAUGUUGGCAGGUGGCAUGUAGAGAUUAUCCCCAUUCAAGGCAUCUCUGUGCGAAAUAUCCCUUCAACAAAACUCCUCACGAGGAUUACUGUGAACAGUGCUUCUGUUAUGUAUGUGAUACAAUUGCCCCUUGCAAAUCCUGGAAGAAACCAGGAGGAGGACAUUGUGAUGCAACAGAGCACGAAGAGCUGUGGAAAUACCUGAGGAGACAGAAUAAACCAGUGCCGCCACCGCCAAAUACUCUUAAAGCUGCUGUGUCAUCUUAGCUCUUUACAAGUAGUAUGUUUCUUGAUGACUAUUUUUGAAGUCUGGCUUGCUAGGUGGAUGCUUUUUGCAGCAAUCUAAUUAAUGUAACAUGCUUGAGUUACAUAUUUAGAUUUUUUGGGUGGGUGGUACUGGCAGGAUUUUUGAGUUCCAUGAAUAAUAGCGAACACAUAAAUGCAUCCAUGGAGAUAAUUUUAUGUUGAUGGAAAUAUGUAGAUAAAUAUGUGAAGGAUGAUGGGAUUUUGCAACAUUGUGUUUGCACUUUUGCAAUAACAAUAGUAUGAAAGUAAAUUUCUAAGACCUAA